AUGGGCGACAUCGUCCGUCCGCUCUUUUGCCGCACCCGCGCUGCAAGAAACCCGUCGUCUCAAUCUGGAAUCUUGCCGACACGGGCCAGGUCGCGCCAUGCUGGGCUGGAUGGACUGGGUUUCCAGGGCCAUUCAUGGCACAUUGGCACCAGGCACACAACAUUAGCCACUUCAGCCGAACAUCUUAAGCCCAUGGGCCCGGGUGUUAUAGCUGUUACCAUCGUCCGAUCAGAUGCAAGUGGCUCCCCUCCUCCCCUCGGUCACCAGAGCUGGCAGAGCAUCGCUGCUGUUGCUGCUGCUGCUGCUGAACGCCCCCCCCCCCGUCCAAACCCGUUAUCCACAUCCAAAAUCCACACCCAAUACCCACGGCCUGUCGGUAGCAGCAGCAGCAGCAGCAGCAACGGCGGAGGCGGCGAAGGGCAAGCUCGAUACCAUGGCAUGCCUACCCGCCUGGCAUGGUAUGGCAUGGCACAUGAGCUGCUGCUGCGGCUUUUCUCUCGAGUCGGCGAGAGCCUUAAACCAUGCAUCGGGUCCCCCUCCCCCUUCGACAUUUCCUUCUCCACUGCGACUGUACAGAGUACCGAAUACCUACCUAUUGUACCCCCCCUAAUCCAGCUCGUCUUCCUCGACACCACCGUUCAGGUACUGGGUACCCUCGACCCUCUCUCGUUGGGCGAGCGAGAGCCGUUGUCCCCAUCGUGGGCGCCGCUGCCCGUCCUAGUCCUGCCCCUGGCCCUGCACCUCUUCCUUCUCCUCCUCCUGACGUCCGUCCAGUCCAGUCCGGAUCCAGCCUCGACAUUUCUCCGUGUGCAUGGCACGUACCUUUCGGUAUUAAUUCCACCUCUGCCAAACCAAGGAGCAAGGGUUUCCCGACCAGGAUGGCUUAUUACAACCACGGGUAUCCUUCAGACUCGCCAUACACUACGAUACAUGACGGGGGCCUGUCAGUUCCAGGCCCAGCAACGCCUCCCAGUCGAUCGACCCCGCCAUACUAUCAGCCGGCACACCCUCAAAUUUAUACAAUAUAUGAUCGAUCCUGCCUCGUGGGACCUGGGGUAGCCAA